GAUUUUUAAGGGACAAUCUCCAUCAUCUUCAUAAAGAAACUGUGAGGUCUUCUUGUGAUCGCGUAUGUACAGAUCAGUCUACCCCCUUAUUGGGGUAAUGGUAUAGGGCAUGACUGGUUUGACCGUAUGUGAUUAGUUUUAGCUUUAUCAACAUGUCGCGCCCGUUCCCUUACGCCUACGUCUCCUGUCCUUGUGCCGACACACCUCUCCCCGACCCAGUCAGGAAACGGAGAUCAAGAGAGACUUCCCACAAGGCCAAUCCGGAGGGCAUCAAAGCGCCAGUUGCUCAGGACUAUGACUCUGAGGACGAGCGCACGUUUGACCCACGAUCUCCUCGAUCCAACUUUUCUUUGUAUCCCCCGGAGCAACUUCUUUACUGCGAGGACUGUCAUCAGAUCAAGUGUCCCCGAUGUAUAACGGAAGAAAUUGUGUGCUGGUACUGUCCCAACUGUCUGUUUGAGACACCGAGUAGCAUGGUUCGGAGCGAGGGGAAUCGAUGCGCUAGGAACUGCUUCAACUGCCCAAUAUGCACCGCUCCUCUCGCAGUCAGCACAUUAGAGAAUGUCAUCGGAGGGGGCAGCCAACAGGGCCCAUGGGUGCUAUCAUGCGGCUAUUGCAUGUGGACGACUCUAGACAUCGGCGUCAAAUUCGAUAAGCCCACCAACAUCCGCACGCAACUGUCCAAGAUGACGGAUUCUUCCCGAGGAAGACAGAUGUCCAAGACCUUCAGCGAUCUCAAAUCUCCGUUAUCCACAUAUUCCUCGAUUGAAGAUCAGUUUCCGUCGCCUAGCGAGAUCAGAGAUGAAUUCAACCCCGCCAACGAGCAGUCUGGGCCGUUAAACCCAGAGGCUAGAUUUCAGGCACUGAAGAGUUUCUACAAAAAUCAGAUAGCAGCGACCUCUUCAUCACCUACAGACCCUUUAGCUGACUUCGGGGCCGGAUUCUCUUCCCCCGGAGCGCUGAACCGCAUCAUGUCACUCUACACCUCAUCGUCGCGGCUCGGCAGUCUCUACGGCGGAGCUAACAAAAAGCCGAAAUCCAAGCCUCCAGUAAUGCGAGAAGCUCUCACAACCAGCGAAGGGCUAAGGGUGCCGGCACCCGAUGUAGAGAACGCACUUAUCCGGCGGAUGGCCUCCGGUGACUGCGGAUGGGACGGAAUGGCUUCCAUCGAACAGCGUACUUUCCAAUCUCCCGAUGCACGGUUCGUGGAAGACCUCCUUCCGCUGCCGGUACUACUUCGCACGAAACGGUCCAAACGUUGCAAGUCGUGCAAGCAUAUCCUUGUCAAACCCGAGUUCAAACCACAAUCAACCCGGUUCCGCAUCCGCCUGAUCGCCCUCAGCUACAUCCCCCUCCCGACUCUCAAGCCCCUUGUCCCCAGUCCAUUCGCGGGACUUCCAUCGGUCACACCUACGAUAUCCGGCGCCACGGCCAUCCCGAACCUGGACGCCCUAUCACCGCUGAAAACUGUCCAACUCCUGCUCACACUGAAAAAUCACAUGUUUGACCCUGUACGAGUGACACUCGCCACGCCGUCAGUAACACCCGGCCGCGUGGCCUCCAAAGUCACCAUCCUGUGCCCGCAAUUCGACAUUGGCGCUAACAGCGACGUCUGGGACGAGGCCCUGCAGGGCUCAACCGCGCCGGGUGACCAGCGCGCCUCCCGAUCGGGCACCUUCGGCUCCACCGAGAAGGUCGCAGAGGCCGGAAAGGUGUGGGACAAGGGACGCAACUGGACCACCGUUGUCCUGGAAGUCGUACCCGGGACGUUACCCGGUGGUGGCACAGGAGACACCCGCGUAAAACCUAACCAAAAUCGGGGCGACGAUGAUGACAGCGACGAUGGGGAUGACAAUUCCAUUUCCGACAUCAAUGCGAAUACCUUGGAUUGGAGCGGACAAGCGAAAGGCCCUGGUCAACAGCUACAGCCAGAUGAAGACGUACUGGAGAUCCCUAUCUUUGUGCGAAUGGAGUGGGACUCCGAGAACCAGAUCGACCAGGAACAGUCCGUUGGUAAAGGCCAGUCUACUGACACGGUAAAAAGGGAAUUGGCGUAUUGGAUGGUAUUGGGGGUGGGGAGAAUUACCCCUGAGAUGGGAUUGUAAAUGUCGAUGUCGAUGGAAUGGUUUGAGAUCGGUUGUUGAUAGAUGUCUUCUUUCCUUUAUUCACGUACAUACCCUUUUUGUUUGUUUAGUCAAGAUGAGUGGAAUUUUUAAUCAUCCUUAGGCCUCGUUGAUAAAUAUAUAUCUCAGGAACG